AUCAUCUGACAGCAGAGAACCAGACAUAAAUGAGCUUUCAUUCACAGAGUUAAGAGAUAAACUGCUUGCUCUUGAUCCCCUCAACAAAGACCUUGUCAUAAAGGUAAACCAAGUAGAAGCUGAAUUCUGGAAGAAAUCAGAGGGAUAUAGAGUAGGAUGGAGCGAUGAAAUCUUGGGCUUCGAUUGUGGUGGGCAACAGUGGGUAUCAGAGAUCUGUUUUCCUGCAGGAACUCUUUCCAAGCCAUCAAUUAAAGAUCUUGAAUACAUAGAAGAGCUGAAGCAACUCAUUGAGAAGGAAGAUGUUCCUGCCCCUGCUCCUAUAGAACAGCGCUGGACAGCACGUAGUCAGAGCCUUAUGAGUCCAGCUUCAAGCUCAGCAGAGGAUGACAUAUUCGCAUGGGUUCUACUUUUUUUUUUUUUUCUUUGUAUCCUACCUUUAUAUUUGCUUACUUGUUUCAUAUCAUAUGCUGCUUGGCCUAGUCCUCUUCCUGCAUAUUCAUCACUUGAGUUAGGCACAAGAAUCAAGUGUUUGUUCAAUAGCAAGUAGCAAACCAACAAUAAAAACAAAUCUUGGAC